UGAUAAUAGCUCUGUUUCUGGCUCAACCAAGUCAUGGAAGAAACAGAAGACUCCAAAGCUAACAAAAACUACACUUCAGAGCCAUGGAGCUGCAGAGGGAGGACAGAACCUCAUCAUCAUCACCAUCAACUUCCCCUUCUUCCUCAUUCUUUUCAUAACGUGUAUGGAUACCAUAACCAGUAUCAAAAGUAUCCAGCUUUUCUUCCUUUACCUCCACCAAUACCUCUGCAACUACCUGAAGUUUCACCGCCAACCCAAAUCCAGAAUCUUAGAUCACAAACCCAUGUGCAGAAAAGUUCAUGGAAGCAGAAUAAGCCUGUCCGCACCAGCUCCUCUGUUACCCAGGUCCCAACCUCCACGAUUGGACAUACAGUGCAAGAGGGGUUUCAACAGAAACAAAGCAUACCAGACGAAGGGGGAAAGCUAGCUGCUUCUCAGCAGGCGCUUGUAGCACCGAAGAGACCAGAUUCAGGUGGCCUAGAAGGUUCUUUAAUCCCCCUCCUUGCUAACCAUUUCCUUGUCCAAUUCGAUUCUUCCCAAAAUAUUUUCCAUUAUGAUGUGGAGAUCUCUCCAUAUCCUUCCAAGGAAGUCGCCCGAAUGAUCAAGCAGAGACUUAUACAGGAUCACUCAGCUGCAUUCUCCAAUGCCCAACCAGCCUUUGAUGGCAGAAAGAACCUCUAUAGCCCUGUUCAAUUCCAGAAGGCCAAGCUUGAAUUCUACAUCAACCUCCCAGUACCCACCGCGAAAUCGAUUUGGCCAUUGAUUGAGACCAGUAAUACACCAGAGAAGCCCCAACAACUUAAACUUUUCCGUGUAAACAUCAGGCUUGCUUCAAAAUUGAAUGGGAAGGAAUUGAGCAAUUACUUGAGCAAGGAGGGUGAGGAUUGGGCUACUCUUCCUCAGGAAUAUCUCCAUGCAUUGGAUAUUGUUCUCCGCGAGAGCCCAAUUGAGAAAUGUAUACCAGUUGGGAGGUCCCUCUAUUCAAGUUUAAUGGGAGGAACUGAAGAUAUUGGAGGAGGAGCAGUUGGGUUAAGAGGGUUCUUCCAGAGUGUUAGACCAACUCAACAGGGUCUGACCCUCAAUGUAGAUUUCUCUGUGACAGCUUUCCAUGAGAGUAUUGGCAUAAUUCAGUAUUUGCAGAAGCGGCUUGAGUUCCUAAGAGACCUCUCUCAGAGAAAAACUAGAGGUUUGGUUGGGGAAGAGAAAAAGGAAGUGGAGAAGGCCUUGAAGAACAUCAGGGUAUUUGUAUGCCAUAGAGAAACUGAUCAGAGAUACAGAGUGCAUAGCUUAACCAAUGAAGCAACUGAGAAUCUCUGGUUUAGAGAUAGGGAUGGGAAGGAUCUGAGAUUAGUGGAUUACUUUAAGGAUCACUACAACCAUGAUAUACAGUUCAGGAACUUGCCAUGCUUGCAGAUUAGCAGGAGCAAACCCUGUUAUCUCCCUAUGGAGCUCUGUGUAGUCUGUGAAGGCCAGAAAUACCUCGGGAAGCUCUCUGAUGAUCAGACAGCAAGAAUCAUUAAGAUGGGAUGCCAGAGACCGAGAGAACGAAAAGCCAUACUUGACGGGGUCAUGGGAGGAACUUUUGGACCAACAAGCGGCGAUCAUGGAAGAGAAUUCAAGCUCCAUGUUUCAAGAGAAAUGACCAAAUUGAAUGGUAGAGUUCUUCAACCUCCCAAAUUGAAGCUUGGGGACAAUGGCCUAGUAACAAAUCUAAUUCCUUCCCGCCAUGACCGGCAGUGGAACCUUCUUGAUAGCCAUGUCUUUCAAGGUACUCAAAUAGAAAGGUGGGCAUUAAUAAGUUUCGGGGGUACUCCCAAUCAGAGGUAUACCAUUCUAAGAUUCAUAGAGCAACUGUCUCAAAGGUGUGAGCAAUUAGGUAUCUUUCUUAAUAAGAAUACAGUAAUCAGCCCCCAGUUUGAACCAAUCCAAGUUCUCAACAAUGUCCCUUUAUUGGAAUCCAAGCUCAGAAAGAUAUACAGAGCUUCAUCAAAGAACCUCCAAUUGCUAAUAUGUGUAAUGGAGAGAAAACACAAAGGCUAUGCAGAUUUAAAGCGAAUAGCCGAGACUGGUGUAGGGGUUGUGACUCAAUGUUGCUUGUACCCCAAUCUUGCUAAGCUUGGUUCCCAAUUUCUUGCAAACUUAGCUCUCAAAAUCAAUGCCAAGGUUGGGGGCUGUACAGUGGCUUUAUACAAUUCAGUACCUUCUCUAGUACCAAGGCUUUUUGAUCCUAAUGAUCCUGCAAUCUUUAUGGGUGCUGAUGUUACCCACCCACAUCCACUUGAUGAUUCCAGUCCCUCCAUUGCUGCUGUGGUGGGCAGCAUGAACUGGCCUGCACCAAACAAGUACAUUUCAAGGAUGAGAUCGCAAACCCAUCGACUAGAAAUUAUCCAGGAACUUGGUGAAAUGGUGGCAGAAUUACUUGAAGAUUUCUACCAGGAAGUGAACAAGCUCCCCAAGAGAAUUCUCUUCUUCAGAGAUGGGGUGAGCGAGACCCAGUUCUAUAAGGUUCUUCAAGAGGAGUUAGGGGCCAUUAGAGUAGCUUGUUCUAGGUUCCCCAAUUACAAGCCUGCCAUUACUUUCAUGGUAGUUCAGAAGAGGCAUCACACAAGAAUUUUCCCAAACAGAAGUGACCCAUCUUUAACCGGAGGCAGAGUCUUCGACGAGAACGUACCACCAGGGACUGUUGUGGAUACCAUAAUCACCCACCCGAAGGAGUUCGAUUUCUACCUUUGCAGCCAUUGGGGGGUGAAGGGUACAAGCAGGCCAAUACAUUACCAUGUCUUGUGGGAUGAGAACAGUUUCACCUCUGAUGAACUACAAAAGCUUGUAUAUGAUCUCUGCUAUACAUUCGUGAGGUGCACCAAGCCAGUUUCUUUGGUUCCUCCAGCUUAUUAUGCCCACCUAGCAGCAUACAGAGGUAGGCUUUACCUUGAGAGGUCAGACUCACCAUCAUUUGCUGGAACCAGUGCUGUACUCUCCAGAUCUGCCCCUCCGAAGGCAACACCGUUGCCAAAACUAAAUGAAAAUGUUAGGAAGCUUAUGUUCUAUUGUUGAAGUUACUCGUUGAGAUCCAAGUGUCAUGGGAGAUU